AGUAAACGAUAAAAAAAUACGAUCCACCAAUGAAAACAAAACACGUGUCCCACACAGUUGACACCGAAAAGACAAUCCUAUCCCUCCUGGACUCCUUUCUCCCACAACUAACGGCUUUUAACAGACCCCACCGUUCAAACCAAAAAAACGUCGUCGUAUAGAGAUCAACCGUCGUUGUCUAAUCCAAUAGCGUAUAUACACGUGUAUCGUUUCCAACGGGCUAAAAAAGAAAAUAAAACAAAUCAACGAAUAAAAAUAAAACACGUGUCUCAAAAUAAUGAAAAGACAAUAAUGUCCUCGUCCUCGUCCUCAGUCUCACUCUUUUGCCAGCACAGAAAGACAUCUGAUCUGCCAAAACUCCAUUGAAAAGCUUUCUCUCUCUACAAAAACUCCCUCUUUCUCUCUCUAGAAUGGUGGCGAGUUCAUAUCCCAUAAUUUAACUCUGCAACCUCUCUUUCUCUUUCAUUCUUUCUUAUUUAGUAAUCUUAAGCUUAAACCCAUUUUCAAUUUCACUCAAAGUUUCAGUCUUUAACUUGUUAAGAUGCCGGGAUUAGUAUCGAUCAAAACCCCACCGGACGCGCCGCCGUUACGGAUCUCAGUCUCCGAAUCCAAUAAUACCACCCAAAGAUCCGAACCCGGAAUACCCAAAACCCCAUCUCCAUUACCCAAGAGGCUUCCAUCUCCAUCACCUUCAGCUUCCCGAUCCAAACCCUCACCGGACCGGAGACUGAAGAAGCCCCAGCCGGACAGUCCAAACCAGAUCUUGUCAGAAACCUCGCUUGAUAAUCCGGAUCUCGGCCCGUUUCUACUGAAAUUAGCUAGAGACACGAUCGCUUCAGGGGAAGGACCGAUUAAGGCUCUGGAUUACGCUGUUAGGGCUUCGAAAUCGUUUGAGAGAUGCGCUGUUGAUGGUGAGCCUAGUUUAGAUUUGGUUAUGAGUCUCCAUGUUCUUGCUGCUAUUUACUGUAGCUUGGGGAGGUUUGAAGAAGCUGUACCGGUUUUGGAGAGGGCGAUUCAGGUGCCUGAGGUUUCGAGAGGUGCAGAUCACGCGCUUGCUGCUUUCUCUGGGCAUAUGCAGUUGGGUGAUACUUACUCAAUGUUGGGACAGGUGGAUCGUUCCAUUUCGUGCUAUGAGGAAGGAUUGAAGAUCCAGAUCGAAUCAUUGGGUGAUACUGAUCCCAGAGUUGGGGAAACUUCAAGGUAUUUGGCUGAGGCUCAUGUUCAAGCAAUGCAGUUUGAUAGAGCAGAAGAAUUGUGUAAGAAAACUCUUGAAAUUCACCGAGUUCAUAGUGAACCGGCGUCUCUUGAAGAGGCAGCUGAUCGUAGGUUAAUGGCCCUUGUAUGUGAAGCAAAGGGGGAUUAUGAAGCAGCCCUUGAGCAUCUUGUUCUUGCAAGCAUGGCAAUGAUUGCUAAUGGACAAGAUACUGAAGUUGCAGCUAUUGAUGUAAGCAUAGGCAACAUUUACAUGUCUCUAUGUCGGUUUGAUGAGGCUAUCUUCUCCUACCAAAAAGCGCUUACUGUUUUCAAGUCAUCAAAGGGUGACAGCCAUCCUUCGGUUGCUUCUGUCUUUGUUCGUCUUGCUGACCUAUACCAUCGAACAGGAAAGCUUAGAGAGUCCAAAUCUUACUGUGAAAAUGCGUUGAGGAUAUAUUCAAAACCUGUGCCUGGAACUACAGCAGAAGAGAUUGCUGGUGGGCUGACCGAAAUCUCAGCUAUAUAUGAGUCUGUUGAUGAACCUGAAGAAGCACUGAAGCUGUUGCAAAAGGCGAUGAAGUUGUUGGAGGACAAGCCGGGACAGCAAAGCACAAUUGCUGGAAUAGAAGCGCGAAUGGGAGUGAUGUUUUAUAUGGUUGGGAGAUAUGAAGAUUCAAGGAACUCUUUUGAAAGUGCUGUAGUGAAACUUAGAGCUAGUGGAGAAAGAAAAUCUGCUUUCUUUGGGGUUGUGUUGAACCAGAUGGGAUUGGCUUGUGUUCAGCUGUUUAAGAUAGAUGAAGCCGCCGAGUUGUUUGAAGAAGCAAGGGGGAUACUAGAACAAGAAUGUGGCUCAUGUCAUCAAGAUACUAUUGGAGUAUACAGCAAUCUUGCAGCAACCUAUGAUGCAAUGGGGAGAGUUCAAGAUGCAAUUGAGAUUCUAGAGUAUGUUCUUAAAUUGCGCGAAGAAAAGCUUGGAAUAGCAAAUCCUGAUUUCGAAGACGAGAAGAGAAGGCUAGCAGAGCUUCUAAAAGAAGCAGGAAAAACUCGAGACAGAAAAGCAAAAUCACUCGAAAACCUCAUCGAUCCCACCUCGAAAAAGACUAAGAAAGAGGUCACAAAGAGGUGGCCCGGCUUGGGGUUUAGAAUUUAAGAAAGAAAAAAGAAAGAGGGAAAGGUUCACUUCACAUUGAUUUCUUCUUACAAAGUGCACAUUAUGUAACAUAGAUCAUCAUCAUCAACAUCAUCAUCAUGUAUAGGGUUGAAGAAGUUUUUAUUAUUAUUAUUUUUUUUUUAUUAAAUUUCGGCUUGAGGUUUUUCUUCCAUUUCAUGAGCUUUGGAAUUCUCUCUCUCAUUUAUAUUAUUUUUCAUUUUUCCUUGUUAAUUAUUUCAUUGAAAUUUCUGCUGUUGUGAGCUUGAAGUUGUUCACUGAAUUAAAAAAAAGGUUAUGAAUCCGAGUGAAUAAUAAAAUUCUUGUAUGCCUUCUUAAUCUUCUUC